AACACUUCCUUUUUUCAGAAGGAAAGCGAGGCUGAUUCAAAUCCGUCAAGUUAGAAAAAUAAUAUGGCUGCAAGCGCGCUGUCGAAAUUCUCCCGUAUAUUUGGUCGCAGGUCGGCAGUAGUCAUAGGAAUGAUUCACGUGCAGGCACUCCCAGGAACACCCAAGAAUCACCUGUCUAUGACUGAAAUAGUGAAUAUGGCUCGAACUGAUGCAACAAAUUUUAAAAAUGCUGGAGUGGAUGCUAUUUUGGUGGAGAAUAUGCAUGAUAUCCCAUAUCUAAAUCGACAUAUUGGACCAGAAAUUGUUGCAGCCAUGAGUGUGGUAUGUAGUGAGGUCCGAAGAGUAGUGAAUAACUUGCCUUGUGGUAUUCAGAUAUUGGCUGGGGCAAACAAGGAGGCACUGGCUGUGGCAAAAGCAGCAGACCUGCAAUUUAUCCGUGCAGAAGGAUUUGUUUUUUCACAUAUUGCAGAUGAAGGCACAAUGAAUUCUGAUGCUGGUGAACUACUUAGAUACAGGAAGCAAAUUGGGGCGGAUGAGAUUUUAGUGUUCACUGAUAUCAAGAAAAAGCACAGUUCCCACUUUAUAACGUCUGAUGUGGAUAUUCUGGAAGUGGCCCAAGCAGCAGAGUUUUUCCUCUCAGAUGGAGUGAUUCUGACUGGAAAAACAACAGGUGAAGCCACAAGCUUUAAAGAAAUGCAAUUUGCCAAAGAAUCAGUGAAUAUUCCUGUUUUGAUUGGUUCUGGGGUGGAUGAGAAGAAUGUGGAACAGUAUCUUGGUGCAAAUGCAAUGAUCAUUGGUUCAUACUUCAAGGAGGAUGGCCACUGGACAAAUCCAGUGAGUUUUAAGAGAGUUCACGCCUUCAUGGCCAAAAUUGAGAGAAUGAGAAAAUAGUAGUAAAAUAGUAAAAUAGUGGAACAAGAAUGUGGAACAGUAUCUUGGUGCAAAUGCAAUGAUCAUUGGUUCAUACUUCAAGGAGGAUGGCCACUGGACAAAUCCAGUGAGUUUUAAGAGA